AUGACACUCAAAGCCGCUCAACAAUGUCACCUCCUCGACUCGGGGCAAAGUCUCGUGUCCUCUGAGGACACUCGGGCAAGCCAGACACCGUCAGUAGACCUCGACGUAGUCGUGACGGACAUCACGGGAAGCGAAGGGGACUACACAUUGAACAGUCACGGCUUCCAGCUCUGCGAGCACACAAGCCAAGAGAAAGAAUUUGUUGAUGACAAGCGCAUCAUCGAGGUCUAUUAUCCUGAAAUUGAACAAUUACUCUACGAAGUCACCGGUGCCUCCAGAAUCCUCCUCUUCGACCACACAAUCCGGCGGCCAAACCCCACAGCUGCCAGCUCAGACGACGAGCGUCGCCCCGUCAAGCGUGCGCACAUCGACCAGUCCGAACAGGGGCCCAUCAACCAGGUCAUGCGUCACCUAGGCGAAGACGCCCCGCGACUGCUACAGUCUCGUUUCCAAAUCAUCAACGUGUGGCGGCCGAUCAAGACCAUUUACCGAGACCCUUUGGCAGUCAGCGACUCGCACUCGGUGCCCGACGAGGACAUCUUGCCCGUCAAGCUGGUGUAUUCUGAUUGGGUCGGGGAGCCGUGCACCAUCUUGCCUAACACGAAGCACCGCUGGUAUUACAAGUUUGCGCAGACGCCCCAGAUGGUCAUGAUGAUUAAGCGCUAUGAUUGGAAAAAGGACGGACGGGCUAGGAGGGUGCCGCACGCGGCGUUUACGGAUCCGGAAAUGGCGGGGAGAGGACCUAGGGAGAGCAUUGAAGUGAGGGCGCUUGUUUCUCAUGAAGAUGACACCAUUCAGUUUUGAUGUUAGUUGGGCUUGAACCAACCUCG